AUGAAUCCGAACGCAUCUACAACAAUAAUUGAUUCAUCUGUCAGUCGCUUAGUCUUCGCUCGUAUUGGAUUUCAACAAGUCGGUCAACCGAUCUUGUUCACUCUUGGAACGAUCGGUUGUUUAUUAAACAUUUGCAUCUUUCUUCGUCAAUCCAUGCGAAGCAAUUCUUGUGCAAUGUAUUUUCAUACGAGUUCAUGGGCAAAUCUAUUUUGCUUAACAUGGGGAUUAUUUAUCGGAAUGUUGGGAUUUUUUACAAAUUAUUAUCCAAUAGGUUACAAUUCGAUUCUUUGUAAAACCCGAUAUUACCUUUUAACAGCGUGUCAAUUGAUUAGUCGAGGUUGUGUUGUCAUGGCAUGUCUCGAUCGAUUUCUUUUAUGUUCACCGAAUGUUCGAUAUCGAUCGUUUUGUCAAAGGAAAACAGCAUUGAAAGUGAUUUUUCUUAUUAUAUUGAUAUGUCUUUCUUUGUCAAUCUAUGUUCUCAUUGUUUAUGAGCCUAAUUCAGCAUUUAAUUGUACGCUGAACUCUGCGACUGGAAGAAUUAUCGAUACAACGGUUUUGUUUGCGUUUAAUUUUGGAAUUCCAGCGUUAUCGAUGAGUUCGCUUUGCGGCUUGAUUAUAUGGAGAUUAAAACAAAAUUCACAACGGUUCGCUCAACAAAGAGUUCAUGUGCGCAAACGAGAUGUCCAGCUCUCUGCGAUGCUGAUUGGACAAGUGGUUUUGUACAUUGUCACCGCACUGCCGUUUGUAUGUAAUUUUGUUUAUUUAUCAAUAACACAGUAUGAUCCGCCAUCGAUGAGAACACCUUAUCGAAAUGCUGCGGAAAGUUUAGCAAUAGUGGCAACCGGUGCGUUUGGAACUUAUGUCUUCAAUGCUAUGAAUUUUUAUGUUUAUACGUUAACAGCACCGAGUUUCCGACGUGAAUUGUUUGCAUUAAUUACUCAGAGACAGCGGAUGAAUCAAGUUCCACGAAUCAAUCCACAAUAUCUUUCUCGAACAAAUCGAAUCAAUCCUUCACACCAUCAAACGUGA